AUUAUUCUUCAUUGUUCGCAUGUCUUGUUCCUUCUCGAAAGUUCUAAGGUUGUGUAAUAGGUGGAUGAGUAAUUACCAGCCCAUUUUCCUUUCAUCCUACUUUGCACCGUACCAUCCACAGGGUUAGACGUAGAGUUGACCGAAGCUUGUGAGAGAGAUUAUCUGCUUCUACAUUCAAUCCACCCAGCUCUGAUAUACACUCAAUACUGAUUCUUUUGGUGGAUUUUACAAAAUGGGUAUAGCUGAAUUGGCUCCUGCCAUUGAUUGGCAACAGGAAUCGUAUGCUCAAUAUGAAGAUUUCGCAGUUCUUCCCCUGUUUGUCAUCUUCUUCCCAUGUGUUCGCUUUUUCCUGGACAGAUUUGUUUUUGAGAAUUUGGGAAGAUGGUUAAUAUUUGGAAAGGGGCAGCGGAUGCUGGCUGUUGAGACAGAUGAGAGAAGAAAGAAGUUUAGGAAAUUCAAGGAAUCUGCUUGGAAAUGUGUUUAUUAUCUUUCGGCAGAGUUUCUAGCACUUGCUGUGAUCUAUGAUGAGCCUUGGUUUUCUAAAACAAAAUAUUUUUGGGUGGGGCCUGGAGAUCAGGUCUGGCCUAACCAGAAAUAUAAGUUGAAAUUGAAGGGGCACUUCAUGUAUACUGGUGGAUUCUACACAUACUCCAUAUUUGCUCUAAUUUUUUGGGAAACACGACGUUCUGACUUUUGGGUGUCGAUGGGUCAUCAUGUCGCGUCUGUCAUUCUCAUUGUGUUAUCUUACAUUUUCAGAUUUGGACGUGUUGGUUCAGUUGUUUUGGCUCUUCAUGAUGCUAGCGAUGUAUUCCUUGAAGUAGGGAAGAUGUCCAAAUACAGUGGUGCUGAAGCUCUUGCUAGCUUUUCAUUAAUUCUUUUUGUUUUGGUGUGGAUCCUACUUCGGCUCACUUACUAUCCAUUCUGGGUCCUCUGGAGUACAAGUUACGAAGUUAUUCAGACCUUAGACAUGGACAAGCAUAAAGUUGAUGGGCCCAUCUGCUACUACGUGUUCAAUUCUCUUCUUUUUUGCUUGCUUGUUAUUAACAUUUAUUGGUGGGUGUUGAUGUGCCGGAUGCUUGUAAAACAAAUUCAAGCAGGAGGCCAACUUAGCGAAGAUGUUCGAUCAGAUUCUGAAGGUGAAGACGAACAUGAAGAUUGAUAGCGUUGCAUUCACUGCUUGAUUCGCAUUAAGAUAAGAAGCAGUUGAGGUUUCCGAGUGAAACUCUUACGAUCAGAUAGAUUCCCUUGCUGUUGGAAGGACGUGUAUAUUGAUUUGAGAUCAGUUAAGGUAGCACGUCGAAGUGGUAGCAAGUGGACAGAACGUUGAUUUGUGAUUGACAGCAGCCUGCUGGCUUGAGGAUGCUGUUGUUCAAUGCUUUGCCAGAAAGGUCCAUCAUAGCUUUGAACUGAUGACAAUUCACUGAGAGCAUGUUUGUUUGAGGGAUUAAAUAUGGGGUAUUAGAAAAGUAUUCCUUAUAUUUCCAAUAUUAAUGGCAAUUAGUACCGGUAAUAUAAAGUAUUAGAAUCUUCUACCAUGUUUGUUUGUUCGAUAGGUACUAUAGUGGGUACUAUAAAUAAUCAUUUAUUCUAUAACAU